AUGUCCGGUAGUGAUCCUCACGGCGGCGGCUUUCCAGCGGCGCGGAAACAGGCUCUUCUCUUCAUCCGAACCGCCCAACCGGGCAAGAGUCAUCGCGAGUUCCUUGUCGAAACACGGCCACGCAUCUCGGUUACGGAUCUCGUGACAAGCGUGAAGCCAACCAAACCAACCAGCCUGCCUGCCAGCCAGGCCGACAACUAUAUUCCCUACCUGGCUUCUGACUCCUUCUUGGGCCCUCCUUCACCUGCCGCGCCGUUGGGAGCCUUGCCUGCUUCGGAUAACCGUUUUCGUCAAAAGUUUAACGGCUCGGAAACGUCCUGCCCGCCAUCACGAUUCCGCCCUCGCAGCGUUCCCGCCAUUCCACGUGCCUCUUAUCCCCGGCGGAAUAGCAGCCUUCCCAUCCCCUACGAGUCUGCUACCCCAUCGUCGGCCAUGGUGUUCGAACUUCACGUCUGGGGACAGGCCUUCGGGUUGCCCUCCAUCGAACCCGAAUGCCUCGCAGCCCUCUCGUAUCUCGGCUUUGCCGUCCCCCGUGGUGAUUGGACCCUGAUCGCCAGCAAUGACGUCUCCGUCACCCCUGAUCACAUCCUUCCUGCACUUCAUCACAAUGGUACUUGGACUUCGGGGUACCUGAACAUAGUAUCAUAUCUCGCUCAGCAUCAUGGGAUUUCGAUCGGCGAGAAUGUCUCUUCGACCCAGCAGGCUGAUACACUAGCCUACGCCUCUUACCUAUCCUCGCGAGGGGCAGCACUCGUCGCAUUCUCGCUUUAUGUUUCACCGAGCGCUUGGGCGGACUUGACCCGGCCUGCAUACUCGUCUAUCCUUCCAUUCCCACUGACGUGGACGGUACCGCUCAAGAUCCGCGCAUCCGCCAUCGCCAAGACGGAGCAUCUGGGCCUUGACCACCUGGCUGCCGAUGUCGACCCCGAGGAUGGGUCCUCGGAGUCCAAGACGACGGCUCCGGUCACUGCUACGGGGUUCCUCCGGCUGCCGCUCAGGCCCACAGUAAGUAGCACAAUGCAGCCGGAGCAGGUCGCCGCUAUACGACUCCAGAGCCUGACUGAGGAUUUCCUCUCGGUCCUUGACGAGUUGCGUGGCUCGCGCCACUAUUUCUUUGGAGACAAGCCGUCAGCCCUUGACUUCCUAGCCUACGGUUAUCUACGGUUAUUACGUGUCCGCACCCCUCAUCCUUUCAUGGAGAAGUGCAUGAAGAGAAGCCAAGCAGGACAACGUCUGCUGCAGUUCCUGGACCUGAUGCACAAUACUCAGGUAAUUCGGUGGCAGGAAGAGAACCUCGCUGAGACCUUGCCAUGGGCAGAGCCAGCUCCCCGGGGCGUGGUUGGUACGCUGGGACAAUUUACGAAUGACGUCCUGGAGAAUACUCCGGGCGUGGGCGACACCUGGAAGACGUGGUGUGGCGAGGGCGUCAAGAGUGAGGACCAGGGACGCGACCCAAUGCAGGUUGCCAUUGCGGUGGGCGGGGCGGUAGUAGCCCUCGUCGCCGUUGGAGGCGCCUUGGUCUUCCGCUCCCUCCCACCGUUUGGUGCGACUACACAGUACUUUGAAGCACCGCGUCGAAAGACCGGCCUGCAUCAGUUCGGCGCCAUCGGGGCCAUGUUUGAUGACCUUCCUGGCUUUGACGCCACCCCGCGCCCAUCCCAUGGCCAGAGGGAUACAGUGUACCAGGGCGAUCACGUAGAAGUAGCGGUCGACGUCGAGCCUGAGGGCUCUGGCAUCGAGCCGCCUCACGACGGGAACAUUGCCGAGGUUGGUGUUGGCAUGCAGGCAGGCGAUAAGUCAGGGCGGGUGUGA